AUGGAAACGGUGCACGACUCAGAUCAGUCUCCUGCAGAAGGCCUUGACUCUUCAGUAGUUCCUUGUUCGCAUGAGUUCCAGGCAUACCAGGAUAAAAAAGACGAGUCCCCACUUAGUGAGACAAAUAGGUAUGUAGUGAGACCAUGCAAAUCUCCCGAAGAGCUGUGGACUGCUGCGCUGCCGUGCUGCCGCGGGCCAUACAAACCGACCUCCGGGGGUGUCCCUUACUCAUCCUUGUCCUCUUCAAGCUCUAAACCAUUCGAUCGUCUCGUAGAAAACAUAUCCCGACGAGGGCCGGACAGCUUUGGUGUCACGAAACCUGAUCUUCCUGAUGUGCUCUUGGAUAUGAAUCAAACCUCAUCAACGGUACGAAAGCAAAAAGACGAGAUUGAUAGCGAUAGUGCGGUGCUUAUGCAAACUAGGCUCGAGGGUGUGGCUUCUGUGCUGGGACUUCGUGGUCACACGAUAAUACAGCAGCCAUACGAAAUAGAGGUUGAGACAGAUCAGGAUGACGAUGGAGCGGUGACAUCUAACAAAUCGUUUUUGCUGUUGAAUGGUGAAAUUUUUAAUGGGUCUAUGCAUCCUCCGCCGUGGGGCUCCGACACCAUCGUACUGGCCAGCAGACUCUCGCAAUUGGAGCAAGAGUACGUGUCGAAGAACGGCCGCGACCUCAUGCAUGACCUGCCCCUUGCGCAGCGUCAGAGUCAGUUCCUUGCGCGCUGCGUUGACGUUAUUGAGAGCGAAGUUCAGGGACAGUACAGCUUCGCUUUCUACGCGCACCAGCUGCAAAUGAUAGUUUUCGGUCGUGACCCACUCGGCCGAGUCUCGUUGCUUAUGCAUUUUGCUGUUCAUACUGCAUCCUCGCCAGAGGCAAGCACACAUAGCAUGGGACCCAGUGAUGAUGGCCGCUCACGCGGCACUUUUUUAAUGGGGACUGAACUCUUGGUGUCCUCUGUGGGGGUUCAGCACACACCAAUGCGCAGCGCAAACUCUGCAAAGGCUAAUAAACUUCAGGUUGCUACCCAAGAGAAAGGGGACUCCUCCACUGUAAAGCGAAAAAGAGAAGAACAGCAAAGCAGUGCGUCAGAUGAUGAUGAUAAUGAUGUCAAUAUGGACAAGGCGGGCAUAGCACAAUCUGUGGAGCCAAACCAUGAUGCGACGUACUGUUGGAAAGAAGUACCUAUCACAGGGUUGCUAGGCUUGCCGCUUGACAAGCCGUUUCUUCCAUUGCCUCGAUGGGGAACCCAUCAAGCGAUGACUGAGGUUGGAGAAGGUAUUUUGGACACAUUGGAGGCUGAGUUCAUGCACUGCCCUUGGCGAGAUGCGUAUCAUCUUGUUCAUCCGCUUCUUCGAGCGCAAGUCGCCGCGGAGGCAGCGAGCGCGGGUGGAUUCAGCAUGUCACCAGUGGUUCACAAUUUCAAGAACAAUAAUCACCUCCAGUACCCAAAUGGUGGGAACGGAGUGGUGCUUUUGGAUGUACUGCCUCCAUUACCACCGCUUUUAGCCGAGCGUGUGGCGGCCUCGUCACCCAAGUCAGACUCCGAGGACGAUGUGUGGGCGCACUGGGCGGCUGUUCUUUAUCUGCACUCCCUCACGGCUGCUGUCAUGCGCCGCACGAACGUUGCAUGUUCUGGUGCGGAGGAUAGCCGAGACACACACAAACUUGCUGCUGCCCUGCGGCGGCCCCUGUGCAUUUUGUUCUCCGGUGGUAUCGACUCCACUAUGUUAGCAGCGCUUGCGCACUUUUCACUUCCCAUUGAGACUCCGAUUGAGCUCGUGAAUGUUACUUUUGGUGAGCAUUCGGAGCAGGCGCCGGAUCGCGUGACAGCGCUGCAAGCUGUUGAGGAGUUGCUGAGGCUUCCGCAAGGGGAGCCGCAAGACUCGUCUUUUGGCACUGUGCGGGAGCGAGAGUGGCGGCUGGUAUUCGUGGAUGUCCCUAGCAAGUACUCGGCGGAGACGCCACACCUCUUGGAUCUUGUAACGCCUCAACAUACGGUGAUGGAUAUGGAUAUAGGCACGGCAUUGUGGCACGCUUCCCGUGCUAAGGGCCGCAUGCAGAGGCUGUACCACAGCGAUGUUGAGUCGCAGUUAACAACGAGCGACGCUGCGGGCUCAAAUGAAACCGCGACCCCAGGUGGGGUUAUCAAGAGCCUUCAAAACUUUUCUAAACACUUUCGUGUGCUACCAGGUUCUUUGUUUUCGAAGAGGCAAGUUGUGCUGACUUCGGAUCGCCCCCCUUUAGGUGCUAAGAUCGAGACUUCGGACACUCCGACAGCUGCGAGCACUCCGUGUGAUGACAGGGUUGAUGGGCACUUUGAUAUACUCGUGGAGGUCCUGAUCGCGGAGGCGCGUCAGCGCGGCGGGCCCGAUUUCCCCGUACUGCUGUCCGUUCUGGGGAAAGAAUACAGACAGUUUCUGCAUGAGCAUAUCUCCAGACUUGGGUACAAGAAGCUGGGGUCUUUCCUUAAUGACGCGUCCCGUGCAGGGGUCAUCCGCUUUGUUCCGGAUAUGCCCUCAAAGGCUGUGGUUUUGGUGAGAGAAGAGGAUCGGCAGCGCGCCUCCGAGAAACCACCGCAGCGGUGGUUUCAGACAAAUCGCAUGAGGGCAGAAGAAGAUUUUUUGCAGGACCCUCUUCCACCAGAGGGAACGUAUGAACUCGAGUAUAAUUCAACUGCUAAGGUAAUUCUUCUUGGUAUCGGCGCUGACGAGACGCUAGGUGGUUACACACGUUACCGUCGUUUAUACAACCGCAAGGGCAUUAAAGGCACACGGCGCGAACUGGAUGGGGACUUCUCACGCUUCUGGAAACGGAAUCUGGGGCGGGACGAUCGUAUUACGAUGGAUAAUGGCCGUGAGCCGAGGUUUCCUUACUUGGAUGAGGAAGUCCUGCGCAUGUUGGAGCACAUUGUCUGGAGAAGGCGCAAACAGAUACUACAAGAACGUCAGUCCAACCUUGAGCAGCAGGAGGCCACCAACACUGGUGCUGCCAUUGUGCCUCUCUAUCCUGCUAGCGAUGAUGAUCAGCUACUGCAGGCCAGCAUUGCUCCUGUCAUGAGCCUUGAACUUGGUGCAGGUGAGGGCGACAAGCGUGUUCUACGCCAUGCAGCAGCUAUUAUAGGCCUGGACAGGGUGGCGCGACUCCAAAAGCGAGCUAUACAGUUUGGCUCGCGUAUUGCGGAUAGACGAAUACACGGGCCAGAAGAGUUAUGUUCAACUUUACUCAUAUAA